AGUAGAGUAUUACAGGUCAGCAUGAGCGACAACCAAGAUUAUGACUGCGAUAAUGAUAUCGAAAUUCCUCGAGAUGAUGAGUACAGCUGUCUGCAGUCGCUAGAUACCACUCUGUUCUUCGCAGACCUCGAAAUGCAGGAGUGCGGCGAUACCUUGUUGAAAACACCUUCUGGCGACACGAUUCGACUAAAUUCUUCAGAAGAAGUUGACAUCGACGCUUACAUGGCUGCACACCAGUCAUCCCUGUCUCCAAGUGAUGCUGCGAGUAAUGCCAGUGACUUCGAGGAUAAGGAAGUCGAGGUGCCACGCGGCUUUAGUACAGAUACUGACCGCUUCGUUAACGAAAAUAGUUCACAAAUAUCUCCAAGUAUUGCUCAACAUAGUCAGAAGAAUGAAUCCUCGGUAAGGAAAGUCGAGGACUUCCUGGAAAAUAUGAAAAGGGAUCCAGCAUGGGCGCGAUCAAUACAUUAUGUAAAGUUAAAUGCCAUGAUUCCAAAAGAUAUACUACUGCAGCUGGUGAGACAUGCGUACACGCAUGUUAACGAACGUCCUCAGCAUAUGGUCGUCCUCAGUAAAUAUGUGAAUGAAGACGACAUCACGAAGUGUAUAAAUAUGGCUUUUGCGUCCACCGAGGCGCCCUUGCAAAAAUCACUUUUCAGAAUGUACUGUAAAAACUCCGUAAGCAGUCUGAAGUCGUUGAUCGUUUCUAUACUGGCAGCUACAUCAUCCAAUCCUGAUCUGGAAGUUGGAUACAACGACGUACUUGGAGAGCUGAACUGCAGCGGCUCCGUACGCUUGCGAACUCCUGACGUAAAAACAUUCUGCAAACUUGAGAGUCUUGGGAAAGCGUUGGGAAUGAGAUUUGUGACAACUUUCAACUGUCGCUCCAAAACAGAUAAAUGCCGGAUCAUGGAUAUUCGAUACUAUGACGAACCGAGAAAAGAUGGUUCUCGUGUAAAUUACGUACACCUAGAUCAUGAAGCUUCAAACUGCCGAGGCAUUACGUUCAGCGAUGUUCACUCUGAAAUGUCAUUUGAAGUUAAGGGUGAAAUGACUCCGCUCCACCGUAUGUAUCCAACUGUAUAUGACCUCAACGAAACCAUUCGAAAACUGCAUGCACAACAGCAGUCCAAGUGAUUUUCUUUCCAAGGUUAUAUCUGUAAUUUGCAUGAAAUAUGACAAAGAAUUACCUCUUGCUUGAUUAAAAUGAUUUAUUGCAACCUAAUUUUACGAGUACAAGUACA